AUGACUUCUCACAAGACAUUCAGAAUCAAGCAAUUCCUGGCAAAGAAACAAAAGCAAAGUCGUCCUAUUCCUCAAUGGAUUUGGAUGAAAACUGAUAACAAAAUCAGGUACAACUCCAGGAGAAGACACUGGAGAACACAGCUGGAUCUGUAA